GACUGGUGGGAAAAAAGGGGCAGCGGUUUAAAAGUCUUCCAAACAAGAAGAGGGUGCAACUAUUCCGAACGUGCUGAUUUGAAAGCGUGGAACGGAACACUCCUCGUGCCUCUGAGCCGACCCCACUACCUGGGAGAAGAUGCGUUGCAGAUAAGCGAGGAUACGCGAUGCGUUCCCUGCAAGGACUAAAGUAUUUAUUAAUGUAUUUGUCCAAGAUAAAAAGCACCUGAACGCACCGAAACUUUUAUACGUGGGUUUUUAUUUUUUUUUUAUUUGUCCUUUCGGACGACUGCCUUAUUGAAUUGUCACCAUAUACAUUUCAGUAGAUUGGGACAGUAUCUGUCAAAUUUAUUUUUGUUGCUAAAAAUGGGACUGCCAGCCUUGGAGUUCAGCGACUGCCAUCUGGACAGCCCGCAGUUCAGAGAAAGGCUGAAAUCUCAUGAGCUGGAAUUGGAUAAGACGAACAAGUUUAUCAAGGAGCUGAUCAAAGACGGGAAGGCACUGACUCAGGCGUUGAAAAGUCUUUCUUCAGCUGAGAGAAAGUUUGCAGAGUCUCUGAACGAAUUCAAGUUUCAGUGUAUAGGCGAUGCAGAGACCGACGAUGAAAUGUGUAUCGCACGAUCACUGCAGGAGUUUGCUGUUGUCCUGAAAAACCUAGAAGAUGAGCGGACACGAAUGAUUGAAAAUGCCACUGAUGUUUUGAUUGCACCAUUGGAGCGAUUCCGCAAGGAACAGAUUGGGGCAGCAAAGGAAGCAAGAAAGAAGUAUGAAAAAGAGACAGAAAAGUACUGCAGUGUCAUAGAAAAGCAUUUGAAUCUAUCAUCAAAGAAGAAAGAAGCCCAGCUCCAGGAGGCAGACAGCCAAGUGGAUCAUGUUCGGCAGCAUUUUUAUGAAGUUUCACUGGAAUAUGUGUUCAAAGUGCAAGAAGUACAGGAGAGGAAGAUGUUUGAAUUUGUUGAGCCUCUACUGGCAUUUUUACAAGGGCUCUUCACUUUCUAUCACCAUGGGUAUGAACUGGCUAAAGACUUCAGUCACUUCAAGACUGAGUUGACCAUCAGUAUCCAGAAUACAAGAAAUCGUUUUGAAGGAACGAGGUCCGAGGUGGAGAGUUUAAUGAAGAAGAUGAAGGAAAGUCCUCAUGAACACAAGAACAUCUGUCCGCACACCAUGGAAGGCUACUUGUUUGUCCAGGAGAAACGUUCUUUUGUAUCCAUGUGGGUGAAAUAUUAUUGCACAUACCAAAGAGAAAACAAGCGAUUCAGUAUGAUUCUCUUUGAUCAAAAACCCGGAGGCAAAGUGGGAGAAGAGGAGAUAUUCGUUCUGAAAUCCUGCAUUAGACGAAAGACAGAGUCAAUAGAAAAAAGAUUUUGCUUUGAUGUUGAAGCAGUAGAUCGGCCUGGAGUGAUCACCAUGCAGGCUCUGUCUGAGGAGGACCGCCGACUCUGGAUGGAAGCUAUGGAUGGCCGUGAGCCAGUUUAUAAUUCUAACAAAGACAACCAGAAUGAAGGCACGGCCCAACUGGACAGCACUGGCUUUACUAUCAUAAAGAAGUUCAUACAUGCUGUGGAAUCACAAGGAAUCUGUGAGCAAGGCUUGUACCGAAUCGGUGGUGUAAGCUCCCGUGUACAGAAGCUUCUCACCUUACUAAUGGAUUCUAAAACCGCAGGUGAAGUUGACCUCGACAACAGAAGUGAGUGGGAGAUUAAAACAAUCACAAGUGCACUGAAACACUAUCUCAGGAUAUUGCCAGGACCCCUUAUGACUUAUCAGUUUCAACGAAGCUUUAUUAAAGCUGCUAAACUUGAUAACCCAGAAGCAAGGAUUGCUGAGAUUCAUAGCCUUGUUCAUCGACUUCCAGAAAAAAACAGACAAAUGCUCCAGCUGCUCAUGGAGCACCUUGAAAAAGUCUCCAAGCAUCAUGAGAAAAACUUAAUGACCACAGCAAAUUUAGGAGUGGUUUUUGGUCCAACAUUGCUGAGGCCACAGGAAGAGACUGUGGCUGCCAUCAUGGAUAUCAAGUUUCAAAAUAUCGUUGUUGAGAUCCUUAUAGAUAAUUGUGAAAAGAUUUUUAAUACAGUGCCAGAAUCUGCCCUAACAAAUUCCCAGCUGAUCUCAAGCCGCCGACGCAGCACAGAGUGCAAGCCCCCCUCCUGCAGUGAGCGACCUUUGACUCUGUUUCAUGCCAAUUCUAGUACAGAGAAAUCUGAUAAAGGAGAAAGCACCCUAAACUCAAGUGCUGAGUCCAUCAUCACAAUGGCCUCCUUCAAUUCCAGCAAUAUCAAGCAGAACCUGAACAAUUUCAACUGCAGUGACCCCGACUUAGAUGUGAUGACAGGAAAGAACAGCAGACCCAACUCACUGCUUCUUUUGUCAAACUAUGCCACACUGUCAAGCGCAUUCCUAAAGAGGUUAAAUCCCAAACACAGGUCAAGUGUUCCAAUAAGCCCAACAUCGCCUAGCCCCACUUCACCACGUUCUCCUUCAUGGCCGAUGUUUUCUGCACCUUCCAGCCCUCAGCAGGCUUCCUCCAGUGACUCCUCUCCAGUCAGCCCAACAGUAAAAAAGGCCCGGGCUCUUUACGCUUGCAAAGCUGAACAUGACUCCGAGCUCUCCUUCUCCGCUGGCACCAUAUUUGACAAUGUUCAUCCCUCACGAGAACCGGGCUGGCUUGAAGGCACGCUGGAUGGGAAGACGGGCCUAAUCCCUGAAAACUACGUAGAGCUUUUGUAAUUGGAAUCCCCAGAAUUGAGGCCCCGGACACUUAUGGCACCACGCAGAGAUGGAGAGAAGAAGAGACACUUGGGGGAAGAGGCAAAAGAGCAAACUGUGCAAGAAUGUCGAAGGGCCCUGUGAUCUGUGUGUGUGUGUGUGUGUGUGUGUGUGUGUGUGUGUGCGCGCGCGCCAUUUUUAGCUUUGUGAACCUUUUAGAGUGUGUUGUUCUACCUAAAGGAUCUCUUUACAGAAUGCUGGCCUUUGCUCUUCGGAGUUGACAAGCAUCGUCUUGGAAGACUGCGGCCUGCUUUGUUUCUCAUGGCGGAUCCUGGUGAACAGCCUGCUGGCUGAACUUGAAAAGUGGAUGUCGCUGUGGUUGAAAUGACAUUUUCUGCCCAGUCUGUGCUGGCGGGGUGUGAGAGUAGAAGCAGGGCCGCGGUGGGGACAGUAAUGCUGUACUGUAUGUGACUUAAACCCCUCAGGCUGGCUUAGCCGAUUUCACUGAGCUGGCCUGAACUUCUGUGCUCCCUUCCUUUGCCUCCUUCCAAAUGAAUGUAAAGAGAGGCUCAAGGAAACUCAGCGGGACAUGUUGUCCUGAUCAUGUAACCAUACUAGCUUUGAAAAUGUCUUUGUCCAAAAUGACGAUUUGCAACGUGAAAGAUUUCAUUUACCCAAAAUAAUGCAGAUCGUCAGCCAGUUUCUUAUUUAUGAUGUAAUUAUUUUAAAAAGCUUAAAUUGUUUUUGAUUUUUACAUUUGCUUUUUUGGAUCAUGUAUAUAGCUGAUAAUGUGAUAAUUUCUUUUUUAAGAAGAUAAAAAAAUGAUUUAUAUUUGAUAUUGUAUCAUACUAACUUUGGCUUGCGCCGAGGUAACUUUGUUAAACCCCUCCUGUGUAGCCAUGACUUACCCGUGCAGGCCACGUGACAGAGGCGUGGGGUGUUUGCAGGGUCUCAUAGCAGAUAUGCCCACUCGACUGUGGAGGAGCGUGUGCCAGGCCUGGGCCCUAUCUGAGCAUGGCAGUGCUGAAGUCUUUCCGGGUAGAGGACUGGCGGGCUUCUAUCUACAGGCCGCUGGCCCUUUUCACACCACUUCCCAAAGCACUUGAUUGAAGAUGGGGUCCAACACAUGCACUCCACAAAAUGUCCCAGCGGAGAGUCGCUGUAGCGCUCAAGUUUAAUAGAGUCCAAGGUGAAAGGCAGUGGACUGAGGAGCAGGCCGUGCCCACAGAGUGAGGCAGCAGGUCAUCAAGGCAGUUGGUUUCGGGGCCCCUGCAUGGCCCUCUUUGUGGACUGUAAGUGUUUAGUCUGAAUACAACACCGGAGGCCAUUAGAAAGGGGGGACGUCGGCCCUCACGGCCCAGAAGUGUACUCAGUGGGCAUUUAGAGGGUUGCCUUUCUUUCCAGUUUGCAGCAGUAUGUUCUCGCCUGCCUUCAUCUCAAGCAUUUUUUGGCAUUUAAAAAUUUCAGGCCUUGCUGUAAACCAGUUGACACUUUAGCCUUGCUUGUGGCCAGUGCAUUUUACACUUUUUAAGUAUAUAAAUCAGUAAUGAUACCGUGGUGUGCAUCGCUAAAUGACAGCUUGUGUUGGGAAGUGCUUGAGCUGUUUUAUUGGUUAAGCGUCCAAAGCAAGAACAGGUCUGUUUAACCCUGUAAAACAAAGGGCCUCUGCAUCUGGUGGCAUGUCUCUUGUCUGCUUGUGUCCAUUUGAACUAAGCUUUUAAUUCUUGGGAAAUGAAUGAUUAUGAAUAAGAAUUGAUUUAUUUCGAAUAUCAUUUUUCAAUUGAUUUUAACGUCUCAUGUGAUCUAAUCCUAUUAUAAUUUCUCUCCUUGCUUUCUGAGAUGUGCACAUUGCUGAAUCUCGUGGCAGAAAGUUGUUUUUUU